CCGACUGAUCCGGAUCAAGGGGAUUUGUCCUGACUUACCCACGAUGCCCUGGGGCAGAGGCAGAGGCCGGGGCGGGUGUCAUGGCGUCCGCGGAGCCCGGGCCGGGACGCGGUGGGAGGGGGGUGGCAGCGCGGGCUAGGGCAACGCGCGCGCGGGACCGGGCGUUCCGCGUCCUCAUGGACCACGCCCACGGCUUCAUGGCUUCCCAGGUGUUGUUCGCGGCCUGCGAGCUUGGCGUCUUCGACGUCCUGGCCGCGCGGGGCGGGGCGGGCGCCGAGGCCGUGGCGGGGGCCGCGAACUCCGACCCCCGGGCAACGCGGCUGCUCAUGGACGCCUGCGCGGGGCUCGGGCUGCUGAGGGCGGGGCCGGACGGCUCUUUCUCCAACACCGCACUGGCGUCCGACUUCCUGGUGACGGGCAGCCCCCUGUCUCAGCGCGGGAUGCUGCUCUACCUCGCGGGCACGACGUACCGCUGCUGGGCGCACCUGGCGGACGGGGUCAGGGAAGGCCGGAACCAGUACGCGCGGGCCGUGGGCGUCGCCGCUGUCGAAGACCCAUUCGCCGCCAUCUACAGGUCCGACGCUGAGCGCCGGCUGUUCGCUUGCGCGCUGCGGGAGACAUGGAGCGUGUGGGGGGGGCGUGUCCUCACGGCCUUCGACCUCUCAGCCUUCCAGCGCAUCUGCGACCUCGGCGGCGGAACCGGGGCGCUGGCCCGCCAGGCCGCCCGCCUCUACCCCGGCAGCCGCGUCACGGUGUUUGACGUUCCGGAUGUCGUGGCCGCCGCGCGGGUGGAGGAGGAGGAGGAGGCGGAGCCUGGGGCGGGGCCAGGGCCGCGCGUGCGAUUCGUCGGAGGCGACUUCUUCCGGUCCCGCCUCCCACGCGCGGACCUGUUCAUCCUCGCCCGCGUGCUGCAUGACUGGACGGACGGCGCCUGCGUGCGGCUGCUGCGGCGGGCGGGCGGGGCCUGCGGGGCAGGCGGUGCGGUGCUGGUGGUGGAGGCCGCACUGGCGGGGGGCGGGGCCGAGCGCGGGCGGGCGCUGCUGCUGUCGCUCAACAUGCUGCUGCAGACGCGCGGGCGCGAGCGCUCGGGGGCCGAGUACCGCGCCUUGGCCGCCCGCGCCGGCUUCCCACGCCUGCGUCUGCGGCGGCCCGGGGGCCCCUACGCCGCCAUGCUGGCCCGGAAGUGACGUCUCGUUACAUCAUUUAAUCAAAAACCAAAAGCCGCGAGCUCGUGGGAUUCGUCCGUCACGUCGCCUUCCCGCGGUAACCGGCAGACGUUGGAAGCGUCGCCCGGGAGAUGCGCUCGUGUGACUCGAUUUCCCGUCUCGGCUGGCCGCCGUCUUACCGUGACGCACCUCCCUCUGUCACCACCAUUAAAAUAUGAGAAAGUUCGCUGACUGUAGUGGCGUGCAGCUUUAACCCCGGCCUUUGAGGAGCAGAGGCCAGCCUGGGCUACACAGCGUGUCCACCACAGCCAGGGCUGUGUGAAAAAAAUAAACAGAGGAAAGAAAAGAAAAAAAAUGAAAGAAAA